UUGGCGGGAACUCGUGUCAAGAAUUUGCCAGAAGACGAUGUUAAUGUAUUUACAGAUCGGAACUAUUGAUCAACUUUUAAAACAACUAUUAUUUUAGCUUCGUGUUCGUGUAGUGAGUUGCAGAUGUACAAAGCGGAGAAAAGCUUAGUGGAUAAGAAGCGCCCUCCCCCGGUGAAGGUGCUGUCGGGUCAGCUGAGAGCGGCGGGCGGCAGGGGGCACACCAUGGGGCACACCAUGGGGCACACGGACAGCGGGGAAGGGGUGCACAUCAGGGUGGGCCCGGGCCGCAGCCUCCUGGUCUCCCUGGUGUGGAUGCAGGGGACGGUCCUGGAGGUGCAGCUGGAACGAAACACGGUGCUGCUGAUGGAUGAGACCGGGACGUUUACAGUGCAGGGGGUCAACAGCAUCCCCAAAGGAAAGCCAUGUUUGAUACAAGGCAAAUAUGUCAUGGUGAUGGGUGUGAUCCAGGCGGCCUCCCCGGAGCCAGUCAUCCGUGCCGUAAAAAUGGCCGACCUCUCGGAGCAGGCAGCGCUUCACCGGCGGAUGUGGAAGCUGGAGGUGGAGGACUUGCAGCGGGUGAUGGCUUGAAUUCAGAGCCGCUCGCAAACGCCGAUGAUGGGGUCCCGUCACAGCUAGGGGGCGAAGCAGUGCCAGCGUGAUUGAUGCAAAAACCUACCUCAAUGGACCAAAUGGCAGAGUGGAGAUGUUAGUGUUGAAAGUGCUUGGGUAUAGGGCGAGUCAUUAUGCUUGAAAAAUGAAGACCACAGCACAAGAUUGGAUAUAUGGACUUGACACAGGCCAUCAGUCAAACGUGUUAGUAGUUAACUUUUCUAUAUUAAACUGAAUGUAGUGAUGCAUGAAAGACAAACUUUCAGAAACUAAAUGAGAAAAAAAUGAACAAAAUAACACAUAUAAUAGUGUACAGUCAAUAAGUGUCCCAAUCCUUCCGAGACUCGUGUGUGCGUGUGUUACAAUAAAACAAGUAUGGAAACAUUUUAAGGGCAAAAAUAGAUAUUCCCUAAGACAAUACUUGCAAUACUACUUCACAUUAAAUUCAAGACUUAAAACUGUGCCUAAAGGCAAAAUUAUGUGAGUAGGAAUUUUAUUUUCGAAAUGUGUUUUACUGGCAGUCGUUUCCAUCUAAAUGUAUAAAUGAUUAAGAUUAUUACAAGAAGUAUUAAUAAAAUGAUCACAAAUGUUUUCAUAAAAUCCCCUGGUAUAAAUUGACAGAAGCACGUACCAUUGCGCAUAGGCCUGUCAUGAUAAAUAUUAUAUCCACUUAUGAUUCAGUAUGAUAUGAACAAUAUAUUUUGGGGCUCUGUAUUUACUGUGUCAUUUCUUCGCAGAAGUUGCAGAUGUACUAAUAUAUCAGCCUUCAAAAUGUGUUACUGACAUGAUAACAAAUCAUGAUGAGGCCUAAUUGUGCAUGCAGGUACAUUCCGUUCUUUGAUCACAGAUUUGUACACAGGUAAGUGUCUUGCUCAAGAACACAGACCCCGCUCAAGCUAUAUGCCCUGUGAAUGAAUACUUUUUAAUUGGUUGUCCCGUCCGUAUAGUUACAAGAAGUUAAGUUAAAUGAACACAACUGGUUCAAACCAAUUUUUGAAAAAAU